AGCGAGAGAGAAGAGGAAGAAUGUGAUGGCUUCAGUCUAAUGGCUGAACCACAACUGUCGGCGUGUGAGAAACUUUCCUGAACUUCUUCAGAGAUAAAGAAAGAAAGCUGGAAAUCACUCGCCUUUUUGUUCGUGUAACAGUUAAAGUGUGUUCAUCUUUUAAUUACAAAUGUGGAGUUGCUGAUGGAUCCGAGGUAUGACAUUCCGCGGAGGGCCGGUGGCGGCGGCGGGGACUCCGCAAACUCAUCCCCCGCAGUGGGGGCGCAGUCGCGCCGCAGGAAGGUACCUCCCAGACCCGCUGAUUUUAAACUUCAAAUUAUCAUCAUUGGCUCCCGUGGUGUCGGUAAAACAAGCCUCAUGGAAAGAUUUACCGACGACACGUUCUCCGAAGCGUGCAAGUCCACAGUAGGAGUUGACUUCAAAAUUAAGACUGUUGAGAUGAGAGGGAAGAAGAUAAGGCUGCAGAUAUGGGACACUGCUGGCCAGGAGAGAUUCAACAGUAUCACAUCAGCCUACUAUAGAGGUGCUAAAGGAAUAGUGCUGGUGUAUGAUAUCACAAAGCAGGAGACCUUUGACGACCUUCCAAAGUGGAUGAAAAUGAUAGACAAGUACGCCUCAGAAGAAGCUGAGCUCCUCCUGGUCGGAAACAAGUUGGAUUGUGAGACUGAUCGCAUCAUUUCCAGACAGCAGGGAGAGAGAUUUGCCUCUCGAAUAAGCGGUAUGCGCUUUUGUGAAGCUAGCGCCAAGGACAAGGUCAAUGUGGAUGAGAUCUUCCUGAAGCUUGUAGAUGACAUUCUUGCCAAGAUGCCUCUGGAAAUUCCCAACAGCGAGCUUUCCAACAGCGUCCUGUCCCUGCAGCCUGAACCGGAAGUGCCUCCAGACCUGCCCCCUCCCCGCGUGCGCUGCUGUUGAGAUGCAGAGUGGGUCCGCCUCAUACAUGCAGUGCACCAGUCUGACCACACGGGAGCAGCACUCGGCAGCGGUUUGGUAGUUUGCUGUGUGAAAUGCACAGACUCAACAUUAUCUCAGCCCGUGUCCGCCCCGUUCAUAGCCGCACACGAUGACACUAACACGUAGGUCCGGCGACCUGCCCGCUUUCUGUUGCCUUUCUGUCUUCACAUGACCCAGACUACCUCAUUGUUCGGCCCCAGAGGGAAGCUGUGCCCCGCAGGUGCCUUGAAGGCAGAAAGCCCUCCAGUAGGAGUUGUGCGCUUCUUGUUUUGUAGAAGUGGGUUACUGAGGGCCAAACACACACCUUCACCUCCCAUUUUCUUUUAAAAUAUAGUGACCACACAUACUGUAGAGGUUCACAUUUUGCCUGAAGGUACAUUUUCCCUACGGGUUCUAGCUCUUCCCUCAUCUUAAUUUGAACUCUGGGUCAAUGUACAGUCGUUUUAUAUGAUUAAUAUGUAUUACAAAGUUGAAUUGGGUUGGACAAAAGCACAUUAUCAUCCCCCCCAUGAGCGUGCACACACACACACACGCACACACUUUAUUUCUGAAUGACUGGCAUAAAUAGGUCACAAAACCCAUGAGUGUGUUGCUGUGAUGACUGGAGAUGAACUGAAAAGAUGUUUUUUUUGUUUGUUUGUUUGUUUUUUGACAGCCAAUGAGAAGUGUUUGUGGGCUGAUGAUCAUAUUGGUUUAUUUUCUUUUGCCUUAAGAUAUUAGCACCUGGAAUCGCUUUUUCCUCCUUUCUUUUGUGGUGCUUUGCACUACAGCCCGUCUGAGUUAAACUGACCUGCUGCACUGUGUCAGCGAGGCAGCACAACAUGCACGCGACGAGUAAUGUAGCACUAACGAAGAUCAACGCUUCCAAUGUUGUGGCCUUUAUGAACAUUUCCAUGCCCACCCCAGUGGGACAGAAAUGCAGAUGGAGAGAUGGGUUGUGUCAUGUGAUGGAGUGGUGUUAAUGCAGAGGAGGGGAUUCACACUAAGAAGCUUGUGGACACGCACCAUUUAUGACUGUUUUGCUUUUGUUGCUCCUGUUUAAGUCGUGUAAAACGCUUAUCAACGUGUUGUUUUGUUCUUUUGUGAUGCAAAAAAAUCAAAUGAUUCUUACUGGAUUAAGUUUGAGUUGUGGCAGUUUUAUGUCCCAGUAAAUUGAAUAUUUUGGGUCUUUUGGUUGUUGGUCAGACAGAUUGAGGAGCUAACUGUAGCUCAUUUAGUAGAACGAGUUAUUUUUGGAAAGAUCGGUGUGAUCUAUCACCGAUUGCUGUUGAAUGUUGAAGUGGCUUUUGUUUUGGGGGGGGGGGGGCACUCAGCGUUAGUGCACGUUGUUCUUAUAUACAGGUGAGCCCCGUUAGCUCGCGCGAGUUGAGGUCCACAGCAUCGGACCAUGAGUUAUCUGAAAACUUAAAAUCAGCUUACCUUGUCAUAUUACAAUAGUUUCGACCAUUUGAAGCAUGAUUCCUUCCUGGAUGGCGAUUGUUUCUUCAUCUGGAGUGGGUUCGGAAUCUUUUUCCUUCCUCCUCCGGCUGCUGCAGGUCAGUGAUGAGGGCGGAUGAUUCUUUGUGGAAGAUUCGUGAUGAUUCGAAAUUUUAGGAUGCAACUCUUUAGCUCCUUUCUGCUGGUUCAGAUCGACCUGUAGCAGGCAAAGGAGGAAAAAAACAAACAUUCCGAACCCACUCCAGAUGAAGAAAUGAUCGUCCAGAAUCGUCCGCACUGACAACCCCUCCCAAAAACGGGCAAAUCAAAAUGGACUUUUAUAGGUGGUCUAAAUUUUCAGGAUCCACAACUUGACUGCGGGUAAAGCUGAAUCGCGACUUACUGGUGCGAGAGUUAAUGGGGCUCACCUGUAGAUGUGGGGAAAAGAUGUAGCGGAUGAAUGAAAGUCAGAGAGACCAAGUAGUUUAAAGAUUACUGGAGUCUGAGAAAGUACAGAGUGCUUUUGUUUUCCCCCUCUCAAUUUUCUGACAUUCAGAGACUGAUUUGAUUGAUUUAUUGAUUAAAAAAAAUAUCAUCCUCGGGUGUGAGUCAGUCCUUUGUAGAGGCAAAGUGCAGGAAGGUUUCAUUCAGAUUUGAAUGACUCAGGAAAUGUUUGCUUUUCUUGCUGGGCUUUUAAUGCAGAAUUCUUUUAGAUUUGGUUUCAUUUAAGCAAACAUGGAAGCACCUUCGUGCCCCCCUCUCCUCCUUUUUUUUUUUUUUUCUUAAAAGCCCUGCUUGAAGGUGAUGUUACAGAAUUUUCAACAAGGUUAGCAGUUGUAUGUUCAUGGUUUGUUGGGAGGGGGGGGUGCAUAUACAGGUAUAAGAGUUAUAUCCUAAAUGGUAUUGAUUAAAGGUGUGAGACAGUGCUGCUUCUACAUUUCUGUCACUAUGACAGAACCUAGCAGUAUUGAUGUACUCUUGGUGAAAUUCUGUUAUACCUGCAUUAAUGGUAAAUGUCCACCAGGUGGAGAUAUUGCUGUAUUUCAAGAACCUUGAGGACAGGCUGCUACAACAUAAACUUGUUGCUUAUAGUAGCUGAUGAAUAAUGUAAUGCAGUACUACUAUUGCUACUAACCCAGUGAUUAUCUGUAUCCAUGUUUUUACCCUUCUGUGGCUACGUUACAUGAGAUAUCACAGAAUCUUUGCCAUGUUGUGUGGACACAAGUUCUACAAAAUGUGUGUUUUCAAAUUGUAACCGCUUCUUUUUUUUUUUUCCCAAACCUCUUAUGAAGUACGACUGUAUUUUCGAAUAUGUUGCAGUGGAGUAUGAGUUGCAUCUGUCAAAACGUCUGUCAUAAAGAGGGGGAAAAAAAUUGUAUUUGAAAUGUGGUGCUACCGCUUCAUACAACAAGGGCUGCCAGCAAAAUCAUUAAUAUUCAUCUCAGUGGCAGUUACCUGGACAUGGAGAUGUCCAGGUAACUGCAACACUGUUGCUAAAGGAAAAAUUCUGUCAAAUUGAGGCUCUAUUUUUAGAAGAUUUUGGGAUUGUGUUUUGACUUGCAUUAUUUAUUUGUUUUUGUUUAUAGCGCA